GCGGGGGCGGGCAGGGCGGGAUACACCCGGGUGAGCGGAGCCCCCGGUGCUCACAGCCCAGCGCGGAGCUGCAUCUUCCCAGCCCUGUCCCAGGUGAACAUAAUGGCCACAAAAAGAAGUUCAUUUCAGCAUGACCCAACAGACCAACUUGAGUCCAUAAUAUUUGCAGCUUCUGGCUUUCUGGCUCAGCAAGGUGUAGAAAUGGUAUUCGAAGAAUUAAUGUCUGAUUCUGAUUCUGAUACUGAUUCUGAUACUGAUUCUGAUACUGAUUCUGAUUCUGAUGAUGAUGAUGAUCUGCCUCAGAAAGGUGCAGAAAAGUUAUUCUACAAAACUCUAUCUGCAGCUGAUGGCUUUCUGACUAAGAAAAGUCUAGAAAUGGUAUUCAAAGAAUUAAGAAAGGGAAAUGAUAAGAAGACCAGAAAAGCCCCAGAAUCUAAGACAGAUAAAGCCUCCCAGGAGCACAUGAAAACAGUGAAAGCAUUGCAGGAAUGUCUCAGUGAAUUAGAGGAGUCCAUACAGCGUGAGCAUCAGCUCCAAGCAAAGCUGGAGAAGCAACAAGGAAAGGGAAAUGAGAGGAAGACCAGAAAAGCCCCAGAAUCUAAGACAGAUGAAGCCACCCAGGAGCUCGAAGAAACGCUGAAAGCCUUGCAGGAAUGUCUCAGUGAAUUAGGGGAGUCCGGACAGCGUGAGCGUCAGCUCCGAGCAAAGAUGGAGAAUAAACAAGGAAAGAAAGAGGGGGACAUUUCAAGUGCUAAGAUGAUUAGCAAAUUCCAGCAGGUCUUACAAAGAAUUGAAACUCUGGAAGAACGUUUACAGAAAUUGCCAAAGUCAUCGUAGCAUGAGUUUCAGCUUCUCAGAGCAGACCAGGAGAAGUAACAAGGAGGUUUGUCCUAUACUAUCCAAGAAUUUCCUUCCCAUAUGCCAGAGGCACUCUUCUCUGUUGGAACCCAGGGCACAGGGAAUAUUUCUCUGCCUGCCGGGAGAUGUCCUGAUCCCCAGGAGAGCACUGCUUUUAACCUUCGUCCAUGGAGAAAGCUUCCAAGACUUUGGCAUGAAUUGGAAUCUAUGAGUGUGUGAAAUAAAUAGUAGUGUAGUUUAUCAAAGGGUGAAAAA